AUGGAUGUCGAACGGGGUCCUCGAAGCCUUUCGAGGUAUGAUUCUGGGCCGGGGCUUGUCUUCAAGCUGUCGCAAAUCUUGUCCCGGUUCUUGGCCCUGAUGUACGAGGCGGGAGUUAUUGCUGUAAUGGGCUGGUGGUAUCAUCGAUGGAAAGGGAAUCCCAACGCGAGGGUGGACUUGAUCUUCCCGUGCUUUUUUCCGUUGGGCGUCGCUGUUCUUGUGAACGCGUACGAGAUCGUCUCUUUCUCGUGCUUGAACCGGCGACGACCGAUCAAUGUCAUUGCCGUGUGCUUCGACAUCCUGAUUUGCGCUGGCAGCACAUUUUGCUUCCUCAUUCUAGGGCUUAUCGAUAACGCUCCAGUCAAAGACCGGCUCAGAACAAAUUCCACGCGAGAACGAUGGAGGAGCGACCAGAGUAAAGGAAUGAUCUUUAUGAUUGUCUUUUGCUUUCUUCAUGCGCUCUUCAUAAUCAUGGCUUCGGUUGGGUAUGUAUACUCCGGCGUGUUGAAGAACAGGGCGCGAAGACAGAGGCGGAUAAUACGAAACAGGCCGCAGAUGGUUCGGUUUGCGGAGGAACGGCGGAGGCAACUGGAGGUAGAGAAAGCCCAGGCCGGGGCUCCGGUUGAGGAUGUCGGGCAGGCUGAAGAACGAAUACCCGAACGAAGCUCAAGAGGGACGGAGUCAUCUGAAUUAACGGAGCUGGAAGGCAACGAGCGAAAGACGAGGGAACGGCUAGGUAGAGGAACUGGGGCCAUGUCCUAG